GUUGACGUGACCCAUUCAAUAUUUUAUGAACCAUUUAAAACUCCAAUAUACUUUCAACUUUCAAAGUGGUUUCUGAGGAGCUUCCAUGAAACUGACUGGUGAUAGACUGAUAGUGGAUAUAUUCUGUAUAAUUUCUAUAUAUAUAUGAUGAUCAAGAACAUGAAAGGACGAAGAAAAUGAAAAAUGGUUUUGUAAAUUAAUAAUAUUGUAGGUAGUUUAAGAAGGUCUCUACGCUUAGAUACAUGGAUUUAUGUGGAGCUAUGUUGCGCCUCUCAUCGCCUAAUUUCAAAACCCUUCAUUUGGUGAGGCAUGCACAAGGAAUCCACAAUAUAGCAUUAGAAGAGGAGGGAGAGAAACCUGAAUCAGAAAAGCUGUUUGAUGCCCACCUCUCUCCAAAAGGUUUGCAACAGGUUUCUGAAAGGCGCAACCAAAUCCUUGAAUCAGGAUUACUAAACACUAUCGAGUUAGUUAUUACCUCUCCGCUGCGCAGAGCAAUGGAAACUUCAAUAGGAAUAUUUAGGGGCCAAGAAGAUGUAAAUAUAUCCGACGACUUUCCAAAAGCUAACAACUUCCCUCCAAUUGUAGCACUUGAGAUCUGUAGAGAACGAAUGGGACUCUAUCCGUGUGAUCGUAGAGCAAGUUUAAGUACUCGCCGCACUUGGUUUCCUGAGAUCGACUUUACAAUGAUAGAGAGUGAUGAAGAUGCUCUAUGGCAAGACAAGGAAAGGGAAAAACUAGAGGAUGUUGCUACUAGAGGUCUUCACUUUGUUAAAUGGUUAUGGGAGAGACCAGAAAAUGAAAUAGCAAUUGUGAGCCAUGGGAUUUUCUUGCAACAAACACUUCGUGCGCUGCAUGAAAAAGUUGGCAUACCUCUUGAAGAUAGUCUCCUUACUAGGUUUGCCAAUUGUGAACUCCGGUCAAUUCGGAUAGAAAAGAGUGACAUGGAAGCGGAUACAAUAACGACUUGUAAUUGUAGAAAUUACGUUACUCCACCUUCAACUUCCAUUCACACGCUUGAAUAGAAGGCAUGUAUGUAUACGAACUGUGUUUUCUUUUCCAAGCUACACACAUGGAGAUUCGAACCAAUGAGUAUGUCCCCGGACAACCACAAUGGUUACUCAACUAAGAAGCAAGUCCUUCAAAGACACAGCUUUGAAGCUAAUAUAUAUCCCAUUACCAAGCUACUAGCAAACCACUAUUACAUUGUUAGGUUUCACGAACUUCCAAUUCAAAAUCAAUUGUUAAUGAAUGAAUUGGUUUAUGUAUUAUUGUAAAGUUUUAAAUGGAGUCGACCAACAGCAUUAUAAAAUAUUAUAUAAAUUAAAUACUGCAAAAACUGUAAGAUUUCUAAA